AUGCAGAACGGAGGGGAAGGCAAUCUGCAGACAAGGCAAGUCCUGCUUUUCUUUGUUUUAUUUGGAAUGUCUCACGCUGAGUCUAGGAGCUUUUCAGUGAUGGAGGAAACUGAGAGUGGAGCCUUUGUGGGUAAUUUGGUAAAAGACUUGGGACUGGAAGUGAAUAAGCUUUCAUCAAGGGAGGCUCGGGUGGUCUCUAAUGCAAACAGACUACCUUUGCAGCUGAACCUAAAUACUGGGGAUUUGCUCUUAAGCGAAAUGCUAGACAGGGAGGAGCUUUGUGGCUCCACUGAGCCCUGUGUGCUACAUUUCCAGGUAUUAAUGAAAAACCCCUUGCAGUUUUUACCGAUUGAGCUUCAGGUGACAGAUAUAAAUGACCACUCUCCCAUUUUCUUGGAAAAAGAAAUGAUCCUAAAAAUCCCAGAGAAUAGUCCUGUCGGUUCUGUGUUCUUGCUAGAAAGUGCAAAGGAUUUAGAUGUGGGAAUCAAUGCUGUAAAAAGCUACAAAAUAAGCCCAAACUCUCAUUUCCAUGUUAAUAUGAGAGUCAAUCCAGACAACAGGAAAUACCCAGAGUUAGUUAUGGACAAGGCACUGGAUUAUGAAGAGCAGCCAGAGCUCAGCUUCAUUCUUACUGCUUUGGAUGGUGGGUCCCCACCCAGAUCUGGUACUGCCUUAGUUCAAGUCAUGGUGGUGGACGUAAAUGACAACUCACCUGAAUUUGAGCAUGCAUUUUAUGAAGUGAAGAUUUCAGAAGACAGCAUCGUUGGCUCACAUGUAGUCACUGUAUCAGCUUGGGAUUUAGACUCAGGAAUAAAUGGUGAAAUAUCAUACAUGUUUUCCCAUGCCUCCGAAGAUAUUCAAAACACAUUUGAAAUUAAUCAGAAGUCUGGAGAAGUUAGUUUAAGAGCAGAUCUGGACUUUGAAACAAUACAAUCCUACUCGAUAAUCAUUCAAGCCACAGAUGGUGGAGGACUUUUUGGAAAAUCUACUGUCAGAAUUGAGGUGAUGGAUGUGAAUGACAAUUAUCCUGAAAUUGCUGUGUCAUCAAUUACCAGCCCAAUUCCAGAAAAUUCGCCUGAGACUGUAAUAAUGGUUUUUAGUAUAUGGGACAGAGACUCAGGAGUCAAUGGAAAGAUGGUUUGCUCUAUAGAAGAAGACAUUCCAUUUCGACUGAAAUAUUCAGUUAAUAAUUACUACACCUUAGAAACAGAGAAACCACUUGACAGAGAAAGCAAAGCUGAAUACAACAUCACCAUCACCGUCUCCGACUUGGGAACCCCCAAGCUGCAAACCCAGCACACCAUCACCCUGCAGGUGUCCGACGUGAACGACAACGCCCCCGAAUUCACGCAGUCGUCCUACACCCUGUGGGUCCGCGAGAACAACAGCCCCGCCCUGCACAUUGGCACCAUCAGCGCCACAGUCUUCCUCUUGUCUCUGCUGCUCUUCGUGGCCGCCAGGCUGUGCAGGAGGAGCAGGGCGCGCUCGCUGGCCGGCUGCGCGCUGCCCGAUGGCCCCUUGCCUGGACACCUGCUGGACGUGAGUGGCACGGGGACCCUGGCCCACAGCUACCAGUAUGAGGUGCGUCUGCAGGGAGGUGCUGGCACUAAUGAGUUCAAAUUCCUGAAACCAGUGUUUCCAAACCUAUCCCCCCAGGUCCCUGGGAAUGAACUAGAAGAUACGCCUAGCUUCCGCAAUAGUUUGGGAGUCAAUAUUCAGUAAUGUGAAUUAUUUCAUUUUCCACAUCUAUUUUAUGGCAAUUGCAAAUAAAUGUUUAUUUUUCCCAAUUUGCAUGUACUGUACAUGUUAGUGAUAUUCUUGUAGAGGUUAUUAUGCUCCCCACUUGUGCUCUUAUGCCAAUACUUACUUUUAAUUUGGGUGUAAUGCAAUGGUAGUUUAUUCUGAAACCCAGGAGGUCUUAAUUUGUAUAUAAUUUGCCUCCUCAAAUAAUACACAUUUUUUGUCCUUGUUUCUCUCUUUUGUUAAAUUUUUCCAUGCAUA